AUGAGAGAGAAGAAUCUUGAUAAAAGUAGAAGACAAGAAGAAUUGAGAGAGGAUACUUUACAUAGGUUGUCAGAAGAAAGAAUGCUAACAUCCAAUAUGAAUCGGGAAGAAAGAAUAGAAGAUAAGCGAUACUUAAGAAGACAACAAUUAGAACAGAAAGAGAGAGAAAUGGAGGAAGCCAUAAUAAGGGCAGAAAGAGAUAGAAUAAUGAAGGCACAACAAUAUGAACAAGAAGACAAGUUAGCCAGAGAAUUACAGAAUUUAAACCAGAGUAAAUUGCGAGAUGAGAAAACAAGACAGCAAAUUCGUGAAUCUAGUUUAGAGUUACGAGAGUUAGAAGCUAAAUUAAAAGCAGCCUACAUGAGUAAAGAAAGAUCAGCACAAUUAGCAGAAAAAGAGGUAAUCAAAUAUGAACAAAUGAAACGAGAUGCUGAAAUAAGUCACGAAAUGAAGAAACAACAUGAAAGAGCUGGUGUAGAAGAAGCUAAACGCAUUGAAGAACGAUAUCAUGAACAAGUGAGAUAUCAGCAAGAAUUAGAAAGACAACUUGAAGAACAAGAAUACAGAAAACAACAAGCUUAUGAAGAAUUCUUGAAAGAAAAACUAAUGAUUGAUGAAAUAGUUAGAAAGAUUUAUGAAGAAGAUCAAAAGGAUCUUGAAAGACAGAUGCAGAAAAGAAAAGCAACUCAACAAUAUAUUGAAGAGUUCAAAGCAGCUAGAUCUGCAUGGAAAGAUGAGGAAAGAAGAAGAAUGGAAGAAGAAAAUAAGAGAAUUUUACAGUUUGCUAAUGUUCAACAAGAACGUGAGCUUGGAGAAAGAGAAGCUAAAAAAGCCAAGGAGCAGGCUAUGGAACAGGUUCAGAGAGAAUUAUCAAAGAAAAUUGCUGCCAAAGAGAAAGAAAGAGAUGAAAUGGAAAGAAUACAGAUGGAGUUAUAUCUUGAAGAACAAGAAGACAGAGAAAGAAGGAAAGAAUCGGCUGAUGUUGAACAGAAACUUCGUCAAAGAAUUGAAUUGCAAGAAACACAUGCCAGACAGAUGCAUUUCAAGGCACUUAGAUUACAAGCUGAAAAGGAUGAAGAAGAUCAGUUCAGGAAUCAGAUGUUGGCCAAAUUUGCUGAAGAUGAUAGAAUUGAGCAGAUGAAUGCUCAAAAACGAAGAAUGAAACAAUUGGAACAUAAAAGAUCUGUAGAAGCAUUGUUGGAAGAAAGACGUAGAAACUACGCUGCAGCUAGGGAAAGAGAGAUUGCUGAACAUGAACAAGAAUCUCGUAUGGAAGAAUUUAGAAGACAAAUCAUUGAGGAAGAAAGACAACGUUUGUUGCGUGAACAUGCUACUAAAUUACUUGGUUUCUUACCUAAGGGAGUUAUACAAGAUGAAAAAGAUCUGGAGAUGUUGGGACCAGAAUUUAAAGAAGUUUAUCGUAAAAGUCAUAUGGAUCCUUUUGAUGAUGAAGACUGGAAUAACAGCCAUCGAUAA